UAUACGCAACCUACCUUCAUUCCAUAUAGAGUACGCCUUCAUUGCCUCCUUUAAUUACCCAUUUUCCAUUCCUAUAAGUUACACAAGUAUUUGCAGCACUUCUCCAUUUCUAAAUCUCAUCACCUCGGCCAGAGUAAGAGAUCGUGCUGGAGAUGGAAGUGAACGAAUUACCGAUAUGGUGGUCAGUUUUGUUAAUCGGUGUAUCAAGCUUGGUAAUCAAAUUGCUUAACAAGUUGUGGUUCGAGCCUAGAAGGAUUCGAACAGUGCUCUCGAAGCAAGGCAUUAGAGGACCACGACCCACCUUCCCUUUCGGCAAUGUCCCAGAGAUGCAGAAGAUUCAAUCAACCAUGAUCAACAACACGCAUGAAGAAAUGGAUGGUCAACAUCUCAACCACAAAUGGCUUCCCUCUGUAUUUCCAUAUAUUCAUAAAUGGGCAAAAGAGUAUGGUCCAAUAUACAUGUACUCCACAGGGAUCAACCAACACCUAUAUGUGAGCGAUCCGAAGUUGCUAAUGGAGAUAAAACAGCACAACUCCCUGGAUCUGGGUAAACCUACAUAUCUGGGUAAACCACUCCGGCCCUUGUUAGGUGACGGCCUUCUCCGAACUAAUGGAAAACAGUGGGCCGUCCAGAGGAAACUUCUUGCUCCUGAAUUCUUCCUUGGCAAAGUUAAGGGCAUGGUGGGUGUGAUGGAGGAAUCUACAACAGCAAUGAUCAAGAGAUGGGAUUGUCGUAUACUAGAAAGCAAAUCAGGCAUUGUGGACAUGGAAAUUGAUGACGAGUUGAAGACACUAUCCGCAGAUAUCAUAUCAAGAGCAUGUUUUGGCAGCUCUUACUCCUUUGGAAAUCAGAUUUUUGAAAAGAUUGCUGACAUGGUGGAAGUUUAUGGCAAACCAAGUUUACAAUUUGGCUUUCUUAAUUUCAGCUGGUUUCUUCCUAACAAGAAGGUAUGGAAUCUAAGGAAAGAAGUGGACUCUAUGUUGCUCAAGUUGGUGACGGAUCGCCAGGUUGAAAGACAAUCGGGUGGUGCAACAGAAAAUGACCUAUUACAAAUGCUACUCGAUAUUGCUUCUACCAACACUGACAUUCCUGCGCGUAGAAGAGAAACUUUCGUUCUAGACAAUUGUAGAAAUAUCUACUUUGCAAGCUCUGCAACCACUUCUCUUACGGAAUCAUGGACCUUGAUGCUUCUGUCAUUGCAUCCGGAAUGGCAGGACCGCAUUCGUGCGGAGAUCAUUGAGGUUUGUGGGGUUCUGAAUAAACUCCAUCAUUCCUUGCACGACAUGGAUAUGUUGCGAAAGUUCAAAGUGCUGACUAUGGUGAUUCAAGAGAGUAUGCGUCUUUAUCCAUCUGGAGUCCUAAUUGCAAGGGCUAUUCUGGCAAAUGUGAAGUUGGGCGACCUUGAUGUGCCCAAGGGCACCAACAUCCAUGUAUGCAGUGCUGCAUUACAUUGCGACCCUGAAAAUUGGGGUCCAGAUGCUGAUGAGUUUAAGCCAGAGAGGUUUGCAAAUGGGAUAUCUAAUGCCUGCAAGCAUCCCCAAGCCUAUGUGCCAUUUGGUUUUGGAACUCGAGUGUGCAUAGGACAGACUUUUGCUAUGACACAGCUGAAGAUAGUGCUCUCUCUAAUCUUGUCCAAGUUCUCAUUUUCCCUUUCUCCAAACUAUCGCCAUUCACCUGUUCACAAAAUGAUACUGAUGCCUAAACAUGGAAUCAGACUCCUUGUUGAGCCUGUGCAAACAAGCUAGGCAGCUGGUAAUGAAUAAAAUUGCAGCAUAUAGAGAUAUUUGUACUAAUCCCGGACUGUCCUCAUGUCAUGAAGUCACUAGCUUGGAACUAGGUUAAUUUUGCAAUAAAAGAAUGCGGAGCUUUAAGUCCGCAUAGUGCAAAGAUUUCAAUGUUCGAUCUUGAACUUGAUCUGUCUCUCUGGGUUCACAAAUAAAAAGAUCAAUGUGG